AUGAUUACAGAUGCUUUGCUAUUAUUUACUCCAACACUUUUUCCAAAUUCUGUUCGUGAAAUUAACCGUUUCCUACGCGCAGCUCGAAUAUCACUCAUUUUAAUUGAUUUAUGUGAUGUUGUUUUCCGACCAUUUCUUUCUUUUACAAUAUAUUCGAAUACAAAUGAUGAUGAUUUUUUUCAUGAUAUAUUAGACAGUUUAACAUAUCUAUGCAAUUGGUUAAAUUCCGAUAUCAUAAAUAAUGAAAUUGCCGAAAGUACAGAUGACAAUGAUAAUGGUAAAGGUAAUGAUUACAAUGAUGAUGAUGAUAAUGAUAAUGAUGACGAUGAUGGCGAUGAUGAUAAUGAUGAUGAUGAUGGUGAUGAUGAUGGUGAUGAUAUAUUGUGCUCAGUGACGAAAUUACCUGAUAUUACUUGUUAUUAUCAGAUUACUUAUCUUGCAGAUUAA